AUGCGAGUCUCUUUGGAUCUUUCACUCCAGAAGUUGCGGACAAAUUACAUCGACAUCUUCUAUCUCCACUGGUGGGACUAUACCGUUUCAAUCUCCGAGUUGAUGCACAGCCUCAACAACCUAGUGGUGGCUGGCAAGGUGCUAUAUCUUGGCAUCUCCGAUAGUCCCGCCUGGGUGGUAGCCAAGACCAACCAAUACGCUCGCGAUAACGGCCUGGCCCAAUUUUCUGUGUACCAAGGCCUUUGGAACGCGUCGAUCCGGGACUUUGAGCGCGAGAUCAUCCCAAUGUGCCGCCAUGAGGGCAUGGGCUUGGUCUCAUGGGGCACACUCGGUCAAGGUCGAUUUCAAACGGAGGCAGGACACAAGGAGCGGGAGAAAAAUAGCCCUGGUCGGAAGGUUGCGCCUACCGAGGAUGAGAAACGUGUCUCCAAGGCCCUUGAAGCAAUUGCCAAUUCGAAGGAAACAAAUAUCACCAGCGUUGCUCUCGCCUAUGUCCGCCACAAAGCUCCUUACGUCUUUCCAAUUGUCGGUGGAAGGAAAGUGGAGCAUUUGCCUGGUAACAUCGCUGCCUUGGAUCUUUCGCUCAGUGCCGAGGAGAUAGCGCAGAUCGAGGCCGCCUACAGCUUUGACCAUGGCUUCCCGCACACGUUCCUCAGCGGCACUAGCUUUGAACGUAGCUCUUCCCGUGCUCCUGAUGACCCUGGUGAUGUCUGGCUGACGAGGCUGAUGGGGAACUUUGAUUGGAUCAAGUCUGAAGAGGCCAUUGAGGUGACUAACCGGGGUUGA